CAUCAUCCUCGCCAGUUCGGACGACCGCCGUGAUGGUGACGAAAUGCGCCCGGUGCAGCCACCGCAUCAGCGUUUUCGCCAAGAAGCGCAAGUGCGCUAGCUGCCUGCGCCGGCUUUGCAAGGAGUGCCAUGCUAAGGACGCCUACCGUGCACCGCCCUUAGCGCGCUCCAGCACUUCGCCGCACCUCUCGGCGUCGACGUUCCUUCGCCCACCGUCGCCAUUCCGUGAUUCGAACGAAGGCCGCCCAUCGUUCGAGCAUAGCGAGCUCACGCGGCAUGGUUCCUUACCCAACAUCCUUCAGUGCUCGUUCGGCUGCAAAGAUGAUGGGCUGGAUCUGCUGCCGGAAGCGACGACGCCACUCGUCAUGGACUCGUCGCCGGAAGCGUCCGAGAUCAAUGAAGCAGCUGCACCAGCACCAAGCGCGUCAGACGACGAUAGCACCACUGUCGCUGACGAUGAUGAGCUUACGCUUGACUCGCGACUUCAUCGCGUGCCAUUGACGCUUGCUACCGACACAACACGAGGCUUCGUCGUGUCCGUUUGGCUAUGUAUGCUUUGGGCAGUCGUGUCGGGCAGCCUCGUACAUCGGUCCGUCCUGUCGGGCCUCGGUGCCUCCGUCGUCCUCGCACUCAGCGUCGGCUACUGCCAAGGGUCUGCGCUCGUGUUCCAACCCUACUCCAAGAAUACUGUGUAAACCCAACAACAAUCGUAUGAACGUGCCGUCCAGACGGUGAUAAACUUUUCGGCCAA